AUGCCGUCGCUGUACCAGAGCAUCCGGGCGCAGCGCACUGGGAAGCAGCUGUUCGACGUCCCCAACACCGCCGUGUCCUUCAGGCCCCGCGGCUCGCCGCAGCAGCAGAAGGGCGCGGACGAGCCGCGAGGCGUGGCGACGCCGAAGAAGCCCACGUCGCUCGGGAAGGCCAUCGCCGACCAGGAGCGCAGGAGCGGGAGUGUCGCCGCCACGCCGCCGACGAGGGCGAGCACCGCUGCCGCCACGCCGCCGUCGCGCACCAGCACGGCAGCCAGGCCCAAUUUCGUGGAGAGCGCCAAGAAGACCGUCAACGACAUGAGCAGGGACGGCGUCGGCAGGCGAGACUCGUGCGAGCCGGCGCUGGCGCCGCUUCCGGCGCCGUCUCCGCCGCAGCGUGCCACCACCGUCGCGCUGGGCCGCACGCCCGCCUCGCCAGGGCCCGCCGCGGUCAGCCGCGCGGCCACCAUGCGGAGCCCUGCGAGGACCGACCCCGCCUUGCGCACCAGGCCUGGCGACGAGGACCCCGCCCCGCGGCGGAAGACCGCCGCGCCGAGGCUGCACGUGCAGUGGGGCCAG